CGACAACUUCCCAAAUUGCGGUACCAACAAAACAACGUGCGACACCGAAGGGGCUUCGCGAUGCGCGCGGCGCUGCGCCAAUAUGCACCCGGAUUCGUUCGGUCCUUGGCCCUUUGGUCGGUACAUCAAGUUGAUUCUGGAGAGUCACAUCCACCUCCGAGAGUUGGUCGUGUAUCACCCGAAGAUGACGAACAAUAACAUGGCUCUUCACAGGACAGUCACGGCGGAUCCGACAACAUUGCUUCCAGCUAAUUCACCUGGUCUUGAAGGUACCGUACCACAACAUAUAAAUGACGGUUUGCUGUCCACGUACACUCAUACGCGGGGAGGAAAUUCAGUGGAUCCAGCCUGGUUCGAGAUUGACCUUGGGGAGGAGAAGCCGAUCGGUGGCAUCUACAUCGCAAACCUCUGCGACGGAGUGAUGGACGAUCCUCGUUGGUGCAGCAUGGAGAAUUGGGAAAACAUGAACCAUCGUGUCGUCUCGGGAAAACUGAGAGUGCAAAUCAUGGACGACGCCAAGAAUCUGGUGACACAGACGGCGUCACCUACGCUGUCGAAUAGAUCUUACGUCGUCGACUUCAGCGAGGGUUACGACAACGGCAACUUCUGGCAGCGUCUCGAUGUGCAGGACGACACCUGGCAGAACUCGAGCGGUACGGCGCAAGCGAGCGACAGAUGGGACGCCUGGCACCAGUCGAAGUUUGUCGUGCAGAAUACGUUCAGCGUCAAGACGCUGUUCGUCCCCGAAUACUCGUACACGGGCCCUGGAAACUCUGGCGCACCUAGCACGUCGCAGGGCUCGAGCGGACAGCCGGCACCUCUCGGAGACUGCGAGUGUAUGUGCGACGAAGGUUCGGGAUUUUCCCCUUGGAGUCCUCAAACGUUGAUCAACACGGUUGAUUGUGACCCGACGAGUGAAGAUUGCCGAGUAACUUCUGAACAGUGCUCGCAGCAAGGUUCAUCAAUGUGCGUGAGCCAGAAUACAAACAACCAGUAUUGCUCCUCUGGCGGAUCCGUAUCCGCGACUUGGAUUUACGUGGAGGCGUACAAUUCCCAAAGCCCAGGUUCGACGCCAGGUGGAAACACGUUCGGCGACUGCGAAUGCUUCUGCGACGACCAGCGCAGUCAGUACGCAGGAUUCAUCGAGGUAUGCGACCAAAACGGAGGACCCUGCGGCAUCUUAGAACAGGAAUGCUACCAGUAUGGUCCCCAAGAGUGCGCAAACAAACUUGGCCAAGCAUGCUCGAAUUACUACCCCGAUUGGAAGUCCAACUCCACUUACACAGGGUCCAGCAUCGAUUAUUCAACCUCGUCGUCGCAGGGCUCGAGCGGAUAGACGGCACCUCUCGGAGACUGCGAGUGUAUGUGCGACGGUUCAGCUUGGAAACCUCCAGUUUCCCCCAACAAUGAUGGUUGUUUUCAAGACUGCGGUGUCAGUCAAGAGAGGUGCUCGACCGACGGUUUGAACUAUUGCCAAACUAUGAGGUCUCAGUUGAUGAACGGCGGGGCUGGCGACCCUUGCGGUACAACCAUCUCUACUGCGUGGACAGAGUACAGUACUGGUGGAUAGAUUACUCAGCUUACAAAGGUACCACUAGCUAGUCCGCUUGUAAUCAAAGAACAAUGCAUUAUUUUCCUU